GGAGGUAGUUGCUGCAGGGCUGGUGUCGGAAGUUUUGACCGAGAGCGUACUCCAAUAUCAACAGGAGGUAGUUGCUGCAGGGCUGGUGUCAGCGCAACUGGAUAUGAAUGUGCAGUCAAAGGGUGCUCCCUUUGCAAAGCUGUACACAGGUUUUCAUUUUAUGGAGAAUCCGGAGUCCUUGGGUUGCUCUCUCAAGGUCCGUAAGAUGCCGCUGCUGAUGACGCCAAUUAAGGAGGCACUUUCUGAGCUUCAUCAGCUUGUUGCAAGCCUAAAUGGUUCUGCACAUGAUUCAGCCAAGGACAUGAAGCUCAGAGAGGAGCUUUGCCAUGGUGAAAGAAUGAGCAUCCUCUCCUCAUUUAAAACCGAUGAAGCUGGAUUGGCUGAGAUUAGAGACUCUGCUGCAGACUCUGCCCCCCACGUGGUGUUUGGCCUGAGCGCGGCAUCUUCACUGGGCAACCUGGUGGAGCCAAAAGACACCUCAGUGAGAUCCCCGAUUUCCAAGCAGGACAAGCUACGCUUGGAGGCGAAGAGUUUACCCCCUGCACAGGUCAUCAAAUGGCUUGUGUUAAUGGAGAGGCCAUUGUCCCUGGGCCCCAUCACCAUACCAGCUGUAAAGCUGGAGAACCGGCUGGUUCAGAAUCCGUCGACUGAGGUGGUGGUGAAUGACGCUCCAAAGGGGCAGUCAACCUCUCCCUACAGUGAGGAGGGUCUGUAUAAUGCUCCAGAUCAGGACCAGGACCAAUACAGCUUUGGGCCGCCCGUGGACAUUUCUGUUUACAGCGAGAGUGAAUGGAAAGGGCAGACCACCAAGAGCAUCGUCAUCAGAAAAGGCUACGCUGUGCUCUCCCAGAGCUUCGGAUUCCUCCGGCGGGUCAAAGGUGACAACUACUGCGCCCUGCGAGCCUCCCUCUACCAGGCGCUGAUGCACACCACCAAGCCUCCUUGCUGGCUACAGCAGAAGAGCAUCUUAUUGAUCCCUGAACAGCUCGAGUCUCGGUAUGGUCUGAUUAAAGGCUGGCUGUUCCCUGACACAUGCAAGCAUACAGGUGGGAUCGACAAGUCUGUGGGUCUGCUGAAAUGCUAUCUGCGCCUUCUCCAGAAUUGGUGGCAUGCGGCGGCAGCCUCCCCUGGGGUCGAAGGUCGCAGGAGUGUGUGUGAGCAGCUGUUUCAGGGCGGAGAAGACGAGUUCGGUGUCAUAGAGGCACUCAAGCUACUCAUGCUAGCCCAUUCAGUGGACUUGCAUGUCGCCAAACAGAGGGGUGACAACGUGCCAAUUUUCUGCUGGCUGCUAUUCGCCCGUGAUACCUCCUCGUCCCCACGUUCAUACCUUGCCAACCACCUGAGUCAGGUGGGCUUCAGCAGAGGCAUGGAGCAGGUAGACAUGUUUCUCCUGAGUUGCGCAAUGCGCCACACCAUCAAGGUCUACCGCCUGCACAUGGCCGAAACAGAGGAGUUCAUCUCAUUUUACCCAGAUGACAGCAUUCAGGACGGGCACUGUGUCUGCCUGGCAACCGAGGACGACCGCCAUUAUGACGUGGCAUUUGGCAACCCUGUCUGUGCUGAAGAGGACCUCUCUGGAGAAUAUGACUGAUUGGCCAACCAGCUAUUUUGCUGCUGCUUGAUUGUUGACUCAAGUGACCAACGUCCAAUCAUGGCCAACUCAGGAUACAAUUUCUCACAUUUCAAACUUACCCUAUUAAAUAAAUUAUCUCAGCAUCAUA